UUAAGUUUCCUUUAAUGAUCAUCAAUUUGUAAUAAUUAAUUUUCUAUUGGCUGACCUCUCUCUCUAUUCAUGACUUACCCUUUUGAAAGCAAUAAACAUUAUUUCUAUUUCACAUGCUCUUGUUUCUCUCUCAUCAUUUUCUUUCUGUCUCAUAAUUCUCUGUUUUUUUUUUUCUUUUUUUUGGGUGAUUGAAUUCAGAGAAUUAAGUCAGACUCAUUGUUGAUUUUGUUGCAGAUUAUGAACUUCUGUUGAAUUUUCAAAAGGCAGGAACAAAAAAAUGAAACAGAAUUACAAAUAUGGAUAUUCUGCCUUUAUCAGUCUUCUUGUUAUCUGAUCAUCACUAAAUUAUGACCCAGAUUGUCAGAAUCAGUAAAUAGUGUAGAAAAAUCUGUUUCCUGGAUUCUUCAUUUCAGAAGAAAGAAGAAAAAAAAUGGGCAAAUUUGGAUUCUUAUUCAGAUCAGUCAUCUUCUUUGGGUUGUGUUUGUUACAUGUUUAUGGUGAGCCAUGGGAAGACAAGCAAGCCUUGCUUGAUUUCCUACAAAACACUUCACAUUCGCGGUAUCUGAACUGGGAUCAGAACACUCCCUUGUGCACCAGUUGGACUGGUGUGACUUGUGAUGAUCGUCAGAUAGGGGUUAUUGCUCUCAGACUACCGGGAGUCGGAAUCCGAGGCUCGAUCCCUCCUAACACACUUAGCCGGCUUUCUUUCCUUCAAACACUUAGCCUUAGAAACAAUGGGAUUUCAGGUGUUGUUCCAUCUGAUUUUUCAAGGUUGAGUAACUUGACUUCUUUGUAUCUACAGUCCAACAGGUUUUCUGGUCCCCUACCUUUGAAUUUAUCUGCUUGGCAUAAUCUUGUGGUACUAAAUUUAUCCAAUAAUAACUUCAAUGGAAGUAUUCCUCUUUCGCUUUCGAAUUUAACCCAGCUUACAACUCUUGAUCUUUCAAGCAACUCAUUCUCUGGUCAAAUUCCUGAUUUGGGGAUCCCAAGUUUGAGGUUUCUUAACUUUUCCAACAACCAUUUGAAUGGGAGUAUUCCUAAUUCUCUUCUGAGAUUUCCAAGUUCAUCAUUUUCGGGCAAUAAUGUUACCUCGAAGGAGGUUGCUAUUCCUCCGAUACCAUCAUCUGUCCCACCUGACAGUUCAGUUCAUAAGGCCAAGAAGAUCAGUGAGACAGCAUUGUUAGGAAUAAUCAUAGGUGGUGCUGCAGUCUUGUUUGUUAUGAUCGCAGUGUGCAUGAUUGUUUUGUGGUCGAGCAAAAAAAGCAAGCAGCAAGACAGUGAUGCAGAGGCACAAAAGACGGAGAAAUUCUACUCAAAGAAGAAAAGGUUGCCUACAGAAAGCCGAGAAGAGAAGAAUGCAAGGAUCACAUUUUUUGAAGGCUCAAAUAUGGCAUUUGACUUGGAGGAUCUUUUAAGGGCUUCAGCAGAGGUUCUUGGCAAAGGCAUGUUUGGAACAACGUACAAGGCCGCCCUAGAGGACUCUAACACCGUGGUAGUGAAGAGACUCAAGGAAGUGAGUGUGGGAAAGCGAGAGUACGAGCAGCAGAUGGAGAUUGUUGGUAACAUUAAGCAUGAGAAUGUUGCUGCUCUCAGAGCAUACUAUUAUUCCAAAGAUGAGAACCUCAUGGUUUAUGACUAUUUCAGACAGGGCAGCUUAUCAACAAUGUUACAUGGGAAAAAAGAAAAUCGAUUGCCAUUGGAUUGGGAAACCCGGCUUAAAAUCGCUAUAGGUGCAGCAAGAGGCCUUGCUCACAUCCAUUCUCAAAAUGGUGGAAAACUAGUCCAUGGAAACAUAAAGUCCUCAAACAUAUUCCUAAACCCUCAAAACUACGGUUGUGUAUCGGACCUUGGUUUAGCAACCAUAGUCACGCCAACAGUCCCACCAAUCCAACGAAUUAUAGGGUACCGGGCUCCAGAAAUCACAGAUUCUCGGAAAGCAACUCAACUGUCUGAUGUCUAUAGCUUCGGAGUCCUGAUACUAGAACUCCUCACAGGAAAAACUCCCCUAGGAGAAGGUACACACCUAGUAAAAUGGGUGUAUUCUGUGGUUAGAGAAGAGUGGACAGCUGAAGUGUUUGAUGUAGAGCUAUUAAAGUUUCCUAACAUAGAGGAAGAGAUGGUGACAAUGCUACAACUAGGUAUGGCUUGCACUGAGAGAGUCCCGGAGAAACGGCCAAAGAUGUCGGACGUUGUCAAAAUGGUGGAGGACAUACGGCGAGAGAGCACCGACACCCACCCAUCAUCAGAGGUUUCAACUCCAACACCAACAGGCCUUUCACAUACAGGUGAAACAGGAUCAUCUACCUAUGUAACCCCACAAUAAGAUUGCUUGAACUAGUAGUUAAAUUUAGUUGUAACAAAUAUUGUUGGAUUUUUCUUUUUUGGAAAUGAUAAUUUUUGCUUACAAAUUGAGGCACA